AUGGAGGCGUUCGAGAGUCUGGAGGUUCUCUGGGUCAACGACAAUUCCCUCUCGCGCAUCACGAACCUUGACUACAACCCGACCAUCAAGAGCCUGUAUGCUCACAACAACCGCAUUGGAACACUGAAGGGAUCCCUGCUAGCGUUCACCUUCUUGCAUACGCUAACGCUGGGGAACAACCGCAUCGGCAAUCUUCAGGCAAGCCUGGGAAUAUUGCGGCUGAUGCGGCAUCUGCGUUACCUAGAACUCUCGGGCAACCCCCUCGCGGAAGAAACCGGGUACCGCCUGCUUGUCAUAAAAAAUAUUCCCUGGUUGGAAACGCUGGAUAUGCACAAGAUAACCGAAGAGGAGAGAAGCAGCGCUCGCCGAGCGCGGGUUCCCAAAAGCUGGGAAGCGUCCACGCGAGGUGCUCACAGCGACAGAGUGCGGCUGACCCAGGAUCUAGCGGCAGAGGAGGCGAGUGACAUGGGCACAUCUACCAACUAUUGCACAAAGAAUUGGCAGGGCGAUCGAGGCGGGGGUGCCAACACCGCUGACCCCUCCCCACCGGCGGCGCGUCCUCUCGACACCAAACGGAUGCAAGGUCUGCUUCGAAAGGAGCUGAGUCGUAUGACAGCCAUCGUCAAGCAGCGCCGGAUCCUGCUGAAGGAGUGGUUCAUGGCGGAGGAUGCCCGGCGGGAGGAAGUAGUGACUCAGAACCUGUUCACGAGAUGCCUCAGGUCGCACGGGCUGUGGCCAGACGUCGGUCCCGACGCCGCCAACGAGGUCGACAGUACCGGCUUCCUCGCCGGGAAAGAAGGCUUGGUGGGAGGGCUACUGUUGGAGGCAUUCCGAGCAUCGCCCCCGCGAAGGGCCGUGUCCUUAGGAAGGGACCCGGUGUUCCUGGGGCAGAGGUGGGAAGUCUUCGUGAACUACGUCUCGUUCUGCGGGGCGGUCGAGCCUAAGCAUGGAGGCAGAGAUCUCGACGACCAGCGCAGGGUGCUUGACAAGGCUUGGAAGGCGAAGCCGAAGAGCCCCCGGAGUAGUCAACCAUCGCCGACGCAGGUUCUUCCGAAGCAUCCCGCGUCUGGGAGGAAUUGGGACAGUGGUGCCGGCGGUGGUGGAAAAGGCGGAGAAGGCCCGAUUUCGGGUGUUAUCGACGGCGUCCAGGUGCCACCCACAACAUGCAGCCUGUUGAUGACAUGGACACAAAACAGGCCCAACCACCGUUGUCUCCGCCACGCCCAGGAGUGUCCCGAGACGGAAGUGCUUCCCGCCAGACACCCCAUGGCAUGCGAGUUCAAUAAAUCCCGCACCGCCGGCGGGCCCGGGCAACUAGACUACUGGGAGAGGAUCGAGCUCAAGCGAAGCUUGGACGGUCCAAGAGGUAGUACUCCUCCCGUCAAGCACUUCCUAACUCGCAAGGAAGCCUUCUCGGGGAUAAUGAAAAUGGUCGUCCAUGGACGGCGCGCCCGUAUCUACGGAAUCGAACCGCAGUUGUCCUCGGACGACGACAGCCUAAACAACCUUAGCGGAAUCGGCGAAGGUGGCGGCGGCUCGGUUGAUGCAGCGAUACCAGAAAGCAGCAGCCGAACAAACCUCGACGUCCUUUUCGACGCGGCCGCCGCUCUGUCCUCCUCUGCGUCCUCCUCUGGCGGCGGUGCCACCGCCACUGCCGGUCGGAACGGGGUCACAAACAAAGGUGGUGGUGGCGGCGGAGGGGGUCAAGAGGAAGGAGGAGACCCCCAGGCCGAUGUCGGGGUACUCCUCCGAACGCUGGAGGAGGGCGUGUCUGCUCCGGGAGGGGUGGGGCCGCUGGAGUGGGACUGGUUGUCCGGUGAGGAAGCCAGGGACUGGGCGAGAAAGAUGUACCGCCAGGCAUCGCAUGCCCAGCUUAUGGCGGACGAGGAGGAUGAGACCGUCCGACAGGAGGCCGACCAGAUACGCUCGAAAAUCGCCGUGCUGACGCGGAACGCUGCUCGCCUCGAGGCUCUGGCGUCUGCUUCUCCUUCCUCCGACACCACGGGUGUCAUGCCCCUCACUGAUACAGCUCGAAACUGCACAGCUCUAACACCUCUGCUCUUUAUGCACUCGACUCCGACCCAGGGUCACAUCCACACUACCAUACUAGAAUGUGGCCCAUGCUACAAGUAG